ACCGACGAGAUUGUACAUGCUGUUGGUCCCUUGGUCAUAGAGGAUGAGGGGAAGCACAGACGAGAUCCGUCGAGCAGACAUUUCAUAUCAAAACGAUGGAGGGUGACGGCGCUGCUUGGAUGACAGAAGUAUUGACAAAUGGAAGCCCUAUACGUUAUAAAUUAAAUACCGGCGCUCAAGCGAAUAUUCUCCCGUAUGCAGUGUAAAAGCAAAUGACAGGCCGUCCGAAAUUACACAAGGCAACAACGCGUCUUUUUGCUUAUGGAGCGGUAUCGCCGAUAUCAGUAGCAGGGCAAUGUGUGUGCGAGGUGUCCGUACAGGGUGGGAUUUAUCGGAAGUUGGGAUUCUAUGUGUUGGCAGCUGACGUCAAGGCGGUGCCAUUGCUGGGGCUCACGGCUUGGGAUCAGCUGGGAUUUUAUUCGCCGAGGAGGAGCAGGGAUGGCAGAUGUCGGAAGUGUGUCAACGUUUUCUGAUGACCCGGAUGUGGGCCAAUAUUUGGAUCUAUUUGAAGGUGCCGGCAAAACCUUAGGGGCACAAUAUAGCAUCAGGUUACAAGAGAACGCUCUACCAGUGGCUUUAGGAGCGGCACGUCAAGUGGCAUACCCCCAAUAUCGAAAGGUUGAAGAGGAAUUGAAACGAAUGCAGCGAUUGGACGUAAUUGAGGAGGUGAGCGAACCCUCCCAAUGGUGCAGUCCAAUGGUUGUCUACGUACCUAAGAGAGAUGCAACAGUGAAGAUAUGUGUCAACUAUGGGAAACUGAAUGAGUUUGUACAGCGAGAGCACUAUCAUUUACCAACAGCAGAGGAGAUCUUUGCCAAAAUGAAAGGUGCUAAGUACUUCUCUACCCUCAAUGUGGCGGCUGGAUUUUGACAAAUUCCACUGGAUCCUACUAGUUCACCACUGAUGACGUUUAUCACUCCUUUCGGACGCUUUCGUUUUAAACGGCUUCCAUUGGGACUAUCAUCAGGACCGGAAGUAUUCCACCGAGCAAUGCAUCACAUUUUGUCGGGUCUUGAAGGAGUCGAUUGCUUUAUUGACAAUGUGAUUAUUUGGGGAUCCACCAGGGAGGAGCAUGAUCAGCGAGUACGCCCUGUCCUGGAACGAUUGAGAGAUAAAGGAGUCAAGUUGCAGGCGGCCAAGUGCAAGUUUCGUCUUCAGGAAGUGACAUAUUACGGUCAUAUCUUGUCAACGGAAGGGAUCAAAGUGAGUCCACAGAAGGUGCAAGCAAUAACACAAAUGCAGUGUCCGGAAAACAAAGAUGACCUUUGUUGAUUUCUGGGCUUAGUCGCAUAUGUUGCAAAAAUUUUGGAGAACAAAGCACAACUCACAGCCCCGUUACGUGAGCUAUUGAAAGAUGACAGUCCUAUGAAGCACAGUGACAAAACAGCUACAAGCCAAAAUCAUGUAUUCUAUUAAACAACUAUUCUUCAUCGUAUAAUAUUCGCAUCAAGGACUCGACUGUAGUCACAUGAAUCAAUUCUACUAAACCUAUGAAAUUAUGAUAGCUCACGACGUG